UGGUGGCCUUGCAGAAGAAGCAGUCCUUGUUGUUCAUCAGGUGCUGAUUGAUGCAGGCUCUGGGACAGAGGAGGAAAGAAUCUUCCAGCCGCUCCAGGCUGUGCCUCUCCAGCGGGAGGGACAGCAGCUGCACACCGGUAAGGUCGGAGGGUUGGUGAAGUGGUUCUGAGCAUCCCUGGGGAAAAGCCACCACGCAAGGCUGGUGCCGGCUGUGCAUCGCCCUGCCCACUAACAGGACAACCACGGCCACAGCCACCACCGCGGCCACCACUCCCCACGCCAGGACCAAUGGGAUCCUGCCCGGCCCACAGGCUGGGCAUUGCCAGCACGGUCAUAAAUAGGGGCAGGAGAGGGACCGCGCUCCCGCAGCGAGCCCCGCUCCCGGGGAGAUGCUGCUGUCCAGGAGGGAGGCGGGUGGUGCUCACCAGAGAUCGGAGCAUGGGGAUGCUGAGCCGUGAGAAACUUCGUGCUCCAGGGACGCGCGGCAGUGGAAGACUGCAAGGCGCUCGCCGAGCCCGCAGCACAGCCCUGCAUCUCCGGAGCGCCUCAGAGCCCUGACGGCAGACGCCAGCUCCCACCCCACGGCACUCGGGUGCUGGGGAGCUCACGGCAGCCAGAGCAGACCACAGGUACGAGCAGCCACGCUGGGGCACGGCAGAGCUGGGCAGGGUGAUGCUGCCCUUGAACUCUUUUCAAGCCCCACGGCUGGAAUCGGGAUCCUGUUUUGCGGGGUGCAAAGGGGCAUCUGUGCAUGCUUGGUAGGACCUCCCUACCAAGGCAGCACAGAGGGAGAGAGGGCAGGACCGCGGCACGCUUCCUCUCGCAUCCUGUCGAGCUGGGCUGUGCUGCUGAGCCGCACAAGAGGCACCUGCCCGGCACAAUGUCCCGACAGGCACCCACGGAUCUGCUCUGGCCUCAGGUGGUGAAGCUGGUGGUGCUGCUGCUGUUCCAGCUGUGCGCCCACGGCCACGCUCCCCACACCUCCUCACUGCCCCGCAGCUGCCCCACCGCCUGCAUCUGCACCUCUGACCUGCUCAGCUGCAGCCGGCAGACGCUGCAGCGCGUGCCCCGGGCGCUGCCACCCACUGCCACCACGCUGGACCUCAGCCACAAUGCCCUCACCCAGCUCCACGACCGCUGGCUGGCCGCGCUCCCACACCUCGAGGCCCUCCACAUCAGCCACAACCAGAUCAAGGACCUUUCUCCGCAGGCUUUCCACAAUGCUUCCUACCUGCGGCACCUCGACAUGUCCUCCAACCGCCUGCACGCCAUUGAGACGCACUACUUCGACGCGCUGGUGAGCCUGGAGGAGCUGCUGCUCUACAACAACCGCAUCACACGAGUGGAUGAAAAUGCCUUCACCAAGCUGAGCGGCCUGCGGAAAGUCUACCUCAGCUGGAACAACCUGACCACCUUUCCCUUCCACUCGGUUCAGGGGCUGGGCAACUACAGCCUCCGCACACUGGACCUCUCCUCCAACAGCCUGAGCAGCAUCCCCGUGGAGGAGCUGGCAGCUCUGCCUGAAAACAUCAGGAACGGCUUGUACCUGCACAACAACCCUGUGAGGUGCAGCUGCCCGCUCUACCUGAUGCUCCAGCACUGGAAGCAGCGAGGUUUCAGCUCCGUGAAGGAUUUCUUUGAGGAACACACCUGCAAGGUGUCUGACGACGUGCCCCGCUCCUUGAUCAAGUUCCUCAAAUACAACCACAUGUUUGAGAACUGCUCAGCGGGCCCUGAAGACACCCACCCUGUGCCCUCCCCCGUGAUGGUGGGCCAGACCCUCCUGCUCACCUGCAACACCAGCCUGCCAGCCUUGGCCACCACCUACAUGUGGAUCUCUCCUCACCAUGAGCCGAUCAAACACCCAGGGAACAGCAACCGCUCCCUGGAGGUUUACCGCAACGGCAGCCUGAAGAUCGCCGCAGCCAAGCCCUGGCACUCAGGGGUCUAUGUAGGCUUGGCCAUCCACAGCCCCCGCAAUUUCAGCAGGCUGUGUGAAGUCAAUGUGACGGUGCACUACCCCAAGCCGGAUGGGGAGACCUUCAGCACCGGCCUCACAACGCUGCUGGGGUGCAUUGUGAGCCUGGUGCUUGUGAUCAUCUACUUGUACCUCACCCCCUGCCGCUGCCUGAGCUGCUGCAAGAAGCCAGCUCCUCUCAGCCCCCCGCAGGAGUGCAGCGCCCAGUCCUCCAUCCUCAGCACCACUCCCCCUGCCACCGAUGGCCCGAACCGCAAGGCCAGCGCCGCCAAGCACGUGGUCUUCCUCGAGCCUGUCAGGGAGACGCAGAACGGCAAGGUCCGCCUGGCCCUCGGAGAGGACCUCCCUGACCCCAAGCACCCCAAGAUCUUGCAGCUCAAGUCAGACUCGGAGUCCAUCAGCUCUGUCUUUUCAGACACCCCCAUUGUGUCAUAGUGGAGCAGAGCUGGGAGCAGAGCCAGAGCCUCCUGAGAGCUGCUCUCCCCCACUGCUGCUAGAGGCAGGAUUGUUGGGCACCCUGAAUUCCCAGCUUUGGCCACGACCCACAAGGGUGAUCAGCAUCACCCACAGCUGCUUCAGCCAUGAGCUCCACUGGCAGGGGGGAAGUUGGUGCCUGGCAAGAGCUGUUUGCAUAAGCCGCUGGCAACAGCCUCGUUGGCACAGGGCUGACACUGACAAACCCAGCACACCUGAGGAACCGGCACUUCCUUCAGGCAGCCAAACUACCUAACAGUGACUCUGGGACCAAUGGUCUGCCAUGGACCAGGCCUGUGAGACGCAACCUGGUGCCACUUUAACAGAUCCCCCAGCCAAGAAUAGCCGUGACAAGUGGGGUACUGUCUUCACCCUUGCCAGGACCCCCGGAGAUGGCAACGCCACCAUCUCCCACCUGUGCUGCUGUGGCUGGGAGCAGGGGCAACAUGACCCCAUUGCAAGGGA